GGAACGUUGUCAUUAGCCAAACUUCUUCUGACCCCACAUGCGUGUGUUCUCCCAACUUGCCGCGGCAGUCGCGGCCCUCGUCCUCCAAGGUGUGACCGGAGACCACUGGGCCGUUAUUGCUGUCGGGUCCACGGGCUAUUGGAACUACCGCCACCAAGCCGAUGCCUGUCAUGCCUACCACGUCGUGCGCCGUCACGGCAUUCCAGCGUCGAACAUUGUGUUGAUGAUGUACGACGAUGCCGCCAACAGUACCUCGAAUCCGUUCCCUGGCCAACUGUUCAAUCACCCCACAACGUUCAAGAAGGAUGCCAUAGACGUCUACAAGGAUUGCCAUGUCGACUACCGAGGCGACGACGUCACACCGAAGAAGUUCCUGCAAGUUUUGAGCGGGGAUUCCGCGGCUGGCGGCAAAGUGCUCAAGAGCACGGCCGAGGACCGCGUGUUUGUGAACUUUGUCGACCACGGUGCGCCAGGGUUUGUUGUGUUUCCAAAGGACAACUUGUACGCCAAGGAUUUGGUGGCCACGUUGCAAGAAAUGCAUGCCGCGAAGAAGUUCAAGGAACUGGUGUUCUACAUGGAAGCAUGUGAGUCCGGCUCCAUGUUCAAAGGGCUCCUACCCACGGAUAUCAACGUGUAUGCGACGACGGCUGCGAACGACCACGAGUCUUCGUGGGGCACGUACUGCCCUCCCCUUGGCGACAAGAUUGGCCUCCAUUUGCUUGGCACGUGUCUGGGUGACUUGUAUUCGGUGAAUUGGAUGGAGGACAGCGACGUUGGCGAUUUGGCCAAGGAAACGCUGGGAGAGCAGUACCAACAUGUGAAGCGCAAGACGAAUAAGAGCCACGUGCUCGCGUUCGGGUCUACGGACACCAUUCCAGACGAACCCGUGGGCGAUUUCCUCGGCACGCUGGACCAACGUCCCCACGACGACGACGACCUGCAUGGGGAGGACGCGGAGGACCUGACCGUCUUGACGUCGAUGGACGUGCGCGACGCGGAAAUCGUGUCCAAGUUUUACCAGUACCUCCGUGCCCCGCCUGGAGAAGCCCGCCACGGCCUGGCCCACGCACUGCUUCACACGAUCCAAGCCCGGGAACUUGCCGACAUCAUGUUUACCGAGAUCCAAACGAAGGUGGCGGCAAUGGCACCCACCCUUGCGGCCAAUGAAGAUCCGUUGGACGAUGCGUGCUUGCGACGUGUGAAUGCCGCCGUCGCCACUGCCUGCGGAGGGUACUCGGACUAUAGCCUCAAGUACGCCGCGCCGUUCGCGGGUUUCUGCGCGGCGGGAUACGCCCCAGACGUCCUGGAAGCGCAUGUGACAGCCGUCUGCCACCGCCAUUUGCAUGGCAAUGUGUAUCGCGGACCGUUGCAGUAAAACGUAGUACGCUUGAUGUUACUGUAACGAAUAAACGGUUACUCUAUAAUGUUAU